AUGAAAGAGGGAGGUAACCCCAAGACAAACACCGCUGGGGACUGUCCUUUACUCAAGGGGGCAGCUCAAGACCACGCAGACCCUGAGCCUCCCCCUCCCCUGGGCACUGUCACAGCUGCCAGGGUCCAGAGCGUCACAGGUCCCAAUAACACCAAGGACCUGGAGAGACACAACCAACACCUGGUGCUUGCCCUGGACUCCAGCACAAUACAAAAGCAGCAGCUCUGCAUUGAGAUCCAAGAGCUGCAGGAUCAACAGGGAAAAGACAAGGAGAAGAUGGCCUGUGUGCACGAAGCCCUGAAAGCAGAGCUGGAGCAGCACAAGCUGUCUAUACAGAUGCUGAUUAGAGACAAAUCAGACUUACAAUCUGCCCUGGCCCACAAGCAGCAAGAGGCCGAUGAAAGAGCACUGGAGCAGGAGGGUCUUACCAGCUGCCUGCAGGCUGCACAGCAGCGCGUAACAGAACUGGAAACAACAUUGUCUGCAGUCAACACCACGCAGAAUGAGACCGAGCACAACAACGUAGAGCUCAUGAAAGCCCUGAAUCGCGUGAAGCUGCAGCUCCAGGAAAAGGUCAAAAGCUAUGAAGACCUGGAGGAGGAGAACACCGAGCUGCAGGAGAGGCUGGAAGUGCUCCUGACACAGAAGGCUGACAUGAAAAUGGAAAUCCACAAGUUCCAAGAGGAACUAGUGGAGCGGGCAGAGUUGGAAAGCCAACUCAACAGCAUGAAGGAGUUGGUGGCAAUAUUAAAGGUGGAGAGAGGCACCUUUGGGGAGGACCUGAGGCUGGAGAGCUCCACGGGGAAGGAGAAAGUCCAGCAGCUGCUAGAGCAGGUGAGCCAGCUGAGAGAGGAGAAGGAGCAAGGGGUGAGGCAGGUGUUGGAGUUGGAGAGCAAGCUGGUGGAGCUGAGAGAGCAGCUGUCAGAGCUGCGGCCCCCAGAGCCGCCUGCAGGGCCAGCUCAGGCUGAGCAGCAGCUGCAGGCCCACACCCUGCAGUUGCAGGAGGAGCUCAAGACCCUGGAGGAGCAACUUCACCUCCAGGUGGAGGAGAACCAGAGCUUCAGUCUCCAGAACCUGGAGCAGCAGCAGCGGCUGUGGAUACUGGAAAAAAAGGCUGAGGAAUGGGCACAGCAUGCCGAGGACCGGCGCAAGAUCCUGGAGACCAUGGAGAAAGAACAUGAGACCUUGACAUGCACGCUGGUGCACAAUUGUGAGCUGAAAGAAGAGCUGGCCCAGCUGCAGGAUGCCUUGCAGAGGCUGAGCGCUGGGAAGGGGGAGCUCGCCAGCAUCCUGCACACAGAACAGCAGGAGAAGACAACCCUGCAGGCGAAGCUGGAUGAGCUGGAGGAGAAUUUGAGAGAAGGAAAGGACUCCGAUGAAUUCAAGCGCCAAGCAGCUGAGGAUCUGCAGGAGCUGCAUGACAAGUACCUGGCCCAGGUGCAGGAGCUGAGCGCCACCUGCAAACAGCACAAGGCCACCAGCCAGCAGCUGAUGUCAGAGAAGGAGGCCCUGCAGCAGCACCUGCUGAAUCAGAGCCAUCUGAUGGAGCAGCUGAAGCAGGAGCAGGUGCAGAGCAAGUUGCUGGCCCAGAUGGAAAGGGAGAAGGAAGAUGAAGGCCUGAGCCAAGAAGAAGACAAGGGUGAGGAGGCAACUCCCCAUGAUGUGACUGUCCCAGAGGAUGUAGACAACCCGCAGAGCAUGUGGGAUUUUUACAUGGACGCACUGUCCAUCGCAGAAGGCAGGAAGGCGAGGAUGAGCCGGCAGCUUCAGGAGCAGCAGGCCCGCUGCGGGUGCCUGAGUCAGCUGGCAGCCCAGUGCCAGAGAAAGCUGGAGAGCCAGGCCACCUUCCCCCAGCGCUGCAUCCACGGGCUGUUCGCCAAGAGGAAGCAGGACACACAGGCGCCCAAGAAGCAGCUGCACAUCUGCUUCCCUGAAGACCUGGCCGGCAAGGGGCACCCCCAGAGUCACGUGGAUGACCUCCACCAUCGCUGCAGCCAGCUGGCCCUACACGUGAGUGCCAUGGAAGAGACCAUCUUGCUGUACAAAGAACAGCUGGAAGUCCUGGAGAAGCUGUGUCAGGAGAAAGAGCAGUGUGUGAGCCAGCUGUCCCAGGAGAAGAGGAGGAAGAGGAAGGAGCUGAAGGAGCUGUUGCUGCGCCUUACAGGGGAGAGCACAGAGUGCCAGGACAUGAUGCUGGCAGCCGCCCAGACCCCUGCUGUGUAG